CCUGUAGGUUCAGUAUCUAUGCAAUGGUGUGGAGGAAAGAUGUUUUUUAGUAAGCUGUGCUUAUUUCCUUUUCUCCAUCCAUUUGAAGUUAAAACAAAGUUUUACAAUUCAGAGAUGAGUGACUUAUUUCUUGAAGUCCAGAUUCAGAAUAUUUCAUCUUCAACUGUCUUUAUACAAAAAGUUUUAUUAAAGCCACCUGAAAUGUACACCAGGGAAGAAUUAAAUACUGUCAAUCAAGCUGGUGAAGAUAAGUGUACCUUUGGAACAAGAACAUUUUUACAGUCAAUGGAAGGACGCCAGUAUUUAUACUACCUUGAGCUUAAACAGGAAUUUUCUGAGAAAGCUGGUACCAUUAGGGGACUAAUAGAAAUGGGAACAUUGGAUAUAGUGUGGAAAAGAGAUCUAGGUGAGAUGGCAAUGCUACAGACAAUCCAGCUUCAAAGAGAGGCUCCAGGUUAUGGAAACAUGAGGCUAUCUUUGGAAACAAUCCCAGAUACUGUAAUUUUAGAAGAGCCUUUUAAUAUUAUCUGUAAGAUAACCAACUGCAGUGGUAGGAAAAUGAAAUUGGUUUUGAAGAGGUGUGAUACGGAUUCUAUUCGUUGGUGUGGAAGUUCAGGAAGGUAUCUUGGAAAGCUGUCACCAAGUUCAUCUCUCUGCUUCACCUUGACACUACUGUCCUUAAAACUGGGCCUACAAGGUGUCUCUGGCAUACAGGUAACAGACAAAGUAUUAAAAAAAACCUAUGUCUGUGAUAACCUUGCAAAGAUCUGUGUAAUACCUUCCACGUUUAAAAUGAAAAACUGAAGAAAAUUACUAGUGUUAUGCUUUCCACAGAGACGUUUUACAUACAUUUUUCAGCAUUAAAAUCAUCAAUAGCAAAUAUACAGAUUAUUUUCAUUUACUUCCUUUGAGACUGUGAAUGCCUGUGAUAAUUAAACAUUUGUUG